AUGAAGCGCCCGGCCUGCCUUGCCGCUGUUGCCAUGGUGAUCUCUCUUUGUCUGCUGUAUGUGGCCCGACCUAAUGCUCUUCUUCUCUCGGCACUUCCGAAAAAACCGCUGGAUCGAUGCUCUGGCCCCAAGCUGCUACUUCACGUUGGGCCCUACAAGACAGGGACUACGGCCUUGCAAUCCUACUUCCACAGUCAUGGAGACUGGCUUCAGGACGCGAUGGGUAUCACAGCGCCCUUCCCGGCAGGGGUGAGGAAGUGGGCGCUGGAGCUUUCCGACUUGGUUCGCGCCAAGCUGGACCCAUCACGCGUCCCUGGAACAAAGUUCAACGAGGCGAAGCUACAGAAGUGGAUCAUGUUCUUGAAGAACACAAUGAAGGACUCUUCCCAGGUGAUCGUGUCGAGUGAGAAGUUCGCCCUGUUCAGCAAGACAGACUGGGGCUAUUUGCUGUCUUUGCUGCAUCCUGGCGUUGAGAAAGCUUGCAUCUCCGUCGUGGUUGCUCACAGGGACCCGGAGGCCUGGAUGACAUCCCGUUGGCUUCAGCAGAACAAGCACAAGACGAAUCCACAAAGCUGGGCGUCGAAGCUCACAGAAAUUUUGAGCAGUCGAGUUCCCAACAGUUUUGGGUUUGCUGGAGAGCAGCUGUACAUUCUCGACGUCUUGAACGCCGUGUUCCCUGGAGCUGUGGAUGCAGUGUCCUAUGACUACUUGCGUGAAGUCAACAGCAGCCUAGCGGCUUUCGUCAUUUGCAACAGCACGCUGCGAAGGAAAGGCCCAGCUUGGAGGGAGUGCAAACAAGGAAUCGAAGGUAGGCCAGUGAAAGACGAGACCAACACGUCUCCACCACCAGCGGCUGUUGAGGUGACGAUCCUGGCACGAUCGCUCUACAAAGCGAAGCAAGCGCAAGGCCAUCGGUGCAACUGGACUUGGCCAGGAAAUCUGGUCAACACAGAAGACGCAUCCAAAGAGGCCGUGACCGCAGAUAUGAAUGAAGUAGUGGAGGUUGCGGAGCACAUGCCUGUCACCUGUGCUGCCUUGGGCGACGUAUUCAAGGCCGAGGUUGAUGAGUGGUUUGCAAGGACAGGAGCACUCAGACCGAGAUCAUCUUGCCGGAAGCCUAUCUGUCAUAUCGACGAAAGACAACUUGAAGUCUGGCAUUGGCGCAGGAUUGAAAAGUUGCUCCAUGGUUGCUAA